CCGACACCAGAGGAGGCACAGACACAGGCGCUCCGCUCCCUCGCCCCGGUCCAAACUCCACUUACAAAGCCCGACAUUACAUCUGUCACAGAGGAGAGACCUGCGUGGACUAACCCGGGGACUAAUACCCAUGUUUUCCUCCGAUUUACGGCAAUGAGGCAUUCCAGAGGCUUAACGCACCUCCACUUACCAAAGAGGCUGGAAUUAGGAGCAAUUAUUUGUUAGGAAGAAGAGCAGGGAAGGAGAAAGGCGGAGUGCAUGUUACUCGGCGGGAUUCAUUUCCUCGAUGGUGCAGAGCAGGAGCUGGAUGACAUGAUGCUGCAGAGUCCGCUCACCUCCACACCUUUCUCUGUCAAGGAUAUCCUCAAACUGGAGCAGCAGCAGCAGCAGCAGCAGCAGCAACAACAACAACAGCAACAGAGCGGGUCCCUGGAGCUCCAGCACCGGGUCCACAACCAGCAGCACCUGACCGGGUCGCCUCCCCAGCAGCAGCAGCAGCAGCAGCAGCUUUUCCAAACCCCGCCGUCCUGCAUGCUCGCAGUCACCCGGGACAGUUCCUCCUUCUCGGACGGAGAGGAUAAUCUGGCGUACCUCAGCGCGCUGGCAGUACGGGAGGAGGACCGUCUGUCCCCGGACAUGUACGUGCACCCGCCGGGCCUGCAGGGAGCCAAGCUGGAGGAGCAGGAGAGCAAGAGCUGCGGGCUGGAGUCCAGGCAUGACGCAGCGGAAGGCGGGCAGGGAGACGCUGAGCGGCCGGCGCAAAAGCAGAGGAGCCGGCGGAGGCCCAGGGUUCUCUUCUCCCAGGCGCAGGUCUUUGAGCUGGAGCGGCGCUUCAAGCAGCAGCGCUAUCUGUCCGCCCCGGAACGGGAGCACCUCGCGACCACCCUCAAGCUCACCUCCAACCAGGUGAAGAUCUGGUUCCAGAACCGGCGCUACAAGUGCAAACGGCAGCGGCAGGACAAGUCCCUGGAGGCGGCGGGGCAGCACCACCCUCCUCCGCCCCGGCGCGUCGCCGUGCCGGUGCUCGUCCGGGAUGGGAAGCCGUGUCUGGGCGGCGCGCAAAGCUACGCUGCUGCUGCCGCCGCCGCGGCUCCGUACGCAUCCAACCCGUACAGCUACAACGGAUACCCGGCAUACACAUACAACAGCCCCGCUUAUAACAGCAACUACAGCUGCACGUACACUAGCAUCCCCGCCCUCCCUCCUUCCAGCUCCUCCAACGCCUUCAUGAACAUGAACCUGGGAACCGUGAGCGGCAUUGGCGGCUCCUCGCAGACGCACCAAGGGACAGCGGUCACGUCCUGUCAGGGCUCCCUGCAGGGGAUCCGGGCCUGGUAACGAACACAAACGAAACAGUCGACAGUUAUUAUUGAGCUCUUUGCAUGUGUUUCAAGCUACACAUUUUAAGAUGUGCGUCCAUUUGUUCAGAUGGCCUCCGAAAUCAGUGUUGCUUGUGUAAUGGAUGUGUGUGUGCGUGUGUGUGUGUGUGUGUGAGUGUGUGUGUUCACGUGAGAUUUCCAGCUGCUCCGCAUGUUUUAGAGGCGACAUUAGUGCGCGUAAAGACCGGACACCGCAGUUGAGGACAUUUCAUGUCGGCUCUCCAGGUUGCGCACAUGGUUGCGCACUUCUCAUUAUGCGAACUGCAAAAAAGUGGGUUCGUUUUAUAAAAAAAAAAAAAUCUUGUAUAUUCUUAGGUUAUGGAUUGAAAUGCUUUAAAAUGUGUAUUUUUUUCAACAGAGAAUUGUUUUUAGACUAUUUCACAUCUAUUCAAAUAAACCCAACCAAUGAAAGAUGCGUUUUUAUUCUGCAAUAAAACUUAUAAUAUAAUGAUAUUAUACGAUAUGAUCUCGCGUGGCCUUGAAAAGACACAGUAAAUUUGGUCAUGAAAUAAAGAGAUUAUCAUCCACGGAAUAUAAUCUGAUUUUACACGAGAGACUUGAAAACAGUCCUAGUGAUUUAAUUUGAAGUGCCACA